AUGCCUUAUAAAUCGGGUAGGAUUCAAAUUCCUCUCAUCCAUUCCCAACUUGUAAAAUUGUCUAUGGAUAGCAACGAUCACGAGAAGCUUGACAAUUCAACACAGCAGCCUAGCCUUCCGCUCGAUACAGAGUUCGAUGGCGACAAUAUGAGGAAUGCUGCCGAAGUACAGGAGGAACCAAUUCCCAAUCGGGAUCAAUUUGUGGAUGUGAAACGAAGUGUGAGUUCAAAUGAAAAUGACAGUUACGAGGAUAGUGUUGACGGUCUGUGUAAGAAGCCGUCUGCGAAAUCGUCUAGCAUCAAAGAAAAAGCGCUUCCUAAUUAUAUGCGUGUCACAGAAAGUAGCAUGCGCCGCGAACAACUCCGCAUUGAGGAGGAUCGUCGUCGCUCGCAUCUUUCCACCCCAUCUCGCCGGUAUUCCACGCCAGCCAGCCCAGUAUAUGACAAAAACAACCUCCCUCGCUAUAUGCGCGACACGGCGAGUUCCCGCCAGCGCAUCUCGGUCGCUCCCUCCCCCGCUCCGCGCGUGGCUCCAAACCGCAUCCGCGAAGUGGACAAGAACAACCUCCCGCGCUACAUGCAAGAGACGGCGUCCUACCGCAGCCAGGUGGCGAAGGACCCGGCCAAACGCCGCGUGGACCCGAAGCAAAUCAAAGAAGUCGACCUGCAAAACAAGCCCAGCUACAUGAACGAAACGCGCUCCUACCGCUCCAAGGUCCAGCCCGACCCCCCCAAGCCACGUGUCCAUCCGCGCCAAAUCAAAGAGGUCGACACCGCCAAUAAACCGCGGUACAUGCAGUCCACGCAGGCCUGGGAGAACCGCAUCAAACCGGCGCCCGUCGUUGUGCCGCGCACGCCCGUUCCCGCCAAAUCCAUCCGUCCCGUCGACUCCGCCAAUCUCCCGCGGUACAUGCAGCUCACCGAGACCGCCAAAAUGCACACGAUAACCGCGGCUACGCCGUCCAAACCGGGGACUCCCGCGGGAUCGAGUCGCCGCGUGAGCGUGGGGCGCGACAAGGAAUCCCCGCGGUUCAUGAACGCGACGCAGAGCUACGUGGCGCUUUGCCGGCAGCGCGAAGAAGAGCGAAAGCGGCAGGAGGAGGAGGAGGCGGAGCGAAUGCGGCGGCGGAAGUCGCUGGCGGUGCGGUGUACGGAGUGGGAGCAGAAGCGGAAGAACGCGGAGCAGGUGGCGAUAAAGCGGAAGGAGCGCGUGCAGCAGGAAGUGCUGGAGGAGCGAAGAAAGACGCGCGGCGGAGCGCAGCCGCGGUUUAUGCAGGACACUGCGUGCUCGAGACAGUUGGCGAGGAAGUGGCGUGUUUGUUGA